AUAACAUGCUUUGUACAAAAAUACCAAUAUGAUAUUUGUUUUUUUAGCAUGUUGGGUAUUUCUUUUGGGGUUGCAAAAGUAUAGAAUGGGCAAAAUCACGGAGGAUACAUAAGUUUGGUUUUAAAUAUUGAUGAAAAUAAUUUUUCCUUUGUAUUAAUGACUUCUAAAUAGCUUCGAGAUAAUUAAGAUUGAUAAUUUUUGUCUUAGAUUUUUUUGUUUGUUUGUUGAUAAAACAGGUAGCUGGAAUAAAGGUAGAAAUUGUUGGAGAUGAAUAAAAUGUUCAAUAAAAUGAAAGAAGAGGAAAGAAUAGAAAAGAUCAUUCGUGGUCUUUUAAAGCUUCAAGACAACAGGAGAUGUAUCAACUGCAACAGUUUGGGGCCACAAUACAUUUGCACAACUUUCUGGACAUUUGUUUGCACACGUUGCAGCGGGGUGCACCGCGAGUUCACACAUAGGGUAAAAUCUGUUUCAAUGGCUAGAUUUAGUGAAGAAGAAGUUAGUGCUCUGGAAGCUGGAGGUAAUGAGCGAGCAAAGGAAAUCUACUUGAGAGCAUGGGAUCCGUAUCGUAAUUCAUAUCCAGAUCCCAGUGAUCUUCACAGACUUCGGGAGUUUAUAAAGCAUGUUUACGUGGACCGGAAAUAUACAGGUGAGAGGGGCCGUGACCAGCUUCCCGUAGUGAAAACGAGUUUAAAAGAUGACUACGAGGAAAUGUACAGUCCUGGAGCCGGAAAUGGUGACAGAUGUUCAUCUGAAACAUACAGUCCAAGGAAAAGGAGUGAUGAUAUAAACUUGAGAUCAUAUUCCAAUAUUGAAGAUAGAAGAAGUCCCCGUAAUUACAACCAAGGUAAGAGGUCUAGCAGGGAGCGGAGCCUACCAACUCGCUUUGAAAUAGUUGAUGACAGGUUCCGAGAUGAUGGAAAUGGUGAUGUUAAGCGAUAUCAAUAUCAUAUAUUCUCAAAAUCAGAAUCCAGGCGCACAAGCAGCUCACCUAGUGCCCCUAAAAUACAUUCAAUUAAAGACAUUUUAGGUGACAAAGUUAUACCACUAGAGGUUGGUGAGUCUCCUAAACAAAGUGGCGGAGUUACUCUUGAAAGCUCUGCUAAUGAUGAGAAAAUGGUAAAGGAAAAGGCAGCUGCCAACAUUGGUAGCUUAAUUGAUUUAGAAACUGAACCUCAGCCUCAGCAAGAGACACAACAAACAGAUCCACCUAAAGAGCCCUCCAAUGCCUCAACUCCACCUACCUCAGCAGAUAAGGUUUCCAGUAUGAAUUUACUGGAAUCUUUGUUUAUUGACAUGUCAACUCCACCAGCUGUGUCGACUGAAAUUCCACCAGUUGCCACUGUAGCUUCAUGCAAUAACACUCAAACAGCUGGAGUUUCCCCUGUAGUUUCUAGUAGUUUUGGACCUACGGUGGCUUCGCCUGAGAGUACCGUUGCAUUGCCUGGACCAAAUGAUGCAAUAGCACCGCCGACCAAAAAUCUGCAUUCUGCAGUGCCCAUGGGGAUCAAUAGCUCCAAUGCUCAACAAAGUACUGCAUCAUUUGGAGCUGCGUAUGGUCAGCAAAGUACUUUGCAAUCUACAGGAAAUGCUGAAGCACCACCUACAAAUCCAUCAUCUCUUCCAUCUCAAGCGAUGACAGCUCUAAAUACUAGUCCAUCAAAUGAUCCAAAAUCUAUAGGAAGAAAAGAACUCCCAGCGGACCUUUUCACAAUGAGCUAUCCUCCACUUGCUGCAGCUGUUCCAGGUUGGCAAUUUCCCCCUCAUUCUGCAAUGGCGUAUGGCAUGCAAUACCAUCCGGCUGCAAUGGCAAUUUCAGCUCCCCCAAACUCAGCAAGAUCAAGAAAUCCAUUCGAUAUUGGUCAAGAUGGACCUCAAGUUCAAGGCCCAGAGUUCCCUUCCAUGUUACCUAUGCAAGCAGCACUGCCAACAAAUAUACAGCCUCAGCCACUUCCUUAUGCUUUGGCAAUGCCUCCACAGACAACUAACUAUGGGAUGACCAUUCCUGGAGGAGCAUACAUAGGGCAACAAAUACCAAACAACAUGGCCCUUGCCAGACCACAAGGGAAUACUAGCAUUGGCAAAGAUGACUCCGCCUUCGCUUCCCUAAAUCCUCUUCAACAGUCCAAUCCAGCGCCAGCUGCAUCGAAUAGUUUUUCAUCCGUGGGAGGAAAUCCAUUUGGAUAGUCGAAAAAAGAAACAUCAAACAUAUAUAUACAAGACCUCACUUGUUCCAGUUUCUUGAAUCCCACUCACAUGUAUCUUAGGAGAUGUUAGUUUCAGUCAGUCUGGUUUAAAUGCGUACAGCUAACAAGUAAUAUGAAACUGAAAGGUGUGCUAGCAGUUGUAUAUAUCCAGAGGCGGAUUUAGGAUUUUAACUUCAAGAGUUCUGAACUGACAAC